AUGGACUUUAGCAGAAGCUACCUCCUAAGUCUACUCUUCUACGUCUUCAUCAUCAACGAGAUACAUCAACCUACGGUGACGUGUCUGGACGAAGAGGGUACCCAGCAAUGCAUACCAAAAAAGAUCUUCAUGGAGUUGAUACGCUUGCCGGAAUUUAGCUCGGGUAUAGCAGCCUACAUGAGAACGACGAGGGUUGCUCAGAGAACGAAGGGUUACAACGACAUAGAUCACUUGAAGGUCCAAUUCAGCUCACCGGAAAAUGACGAUGCCGAGAUCUGCAUACCUGCCAGCGUUUACCUGGAGCUGUUGAGGGAUCCUGCGUUGCGAGGAUACCUCAGUGUUAUGGCGCGUACUCACAAGUUGCUCGAAUUUCCCGGGAGUCUUCUGAACAGCAGCGAGGAGGCCGACUCGAGAGAGCUGACUCGCGAAGCGGAGAAGCGCAGCCUCGCAACGUUGGCCAAGAAUGGUGAUCUCCCAUCGUUACCAAUUGCGACGCAGGAACGCGAGGGCGACGGCGAUGACGAAGAAAAAAGAAGCGAUCUUUCUAAUGACAAUGUGAACGGUCUCAUGCCCAUAUUGAUGGACGACGACCGUCGACGGAUGCCCGAGGUCUACGACUAUCUGCCUGUCGACCUGGACCCGGAGGUGCCCGAAUAUUCGCUGGACAAGCGUAACGUAGGCUCAUUGGCACGGGACUUCGCAUUGCCUACGGGCAGACGUCACAUCGGUUCGGUGGUUCGCGAUUACGGUCUACCAAGCGGCAAGAGGAACAUCGGUUCCUUGGCCAGGCAGAGCAUGCUACCGUCGGGCGGAAAGAGAAACGUUGCUUCUCUGGCGAGAUAUUACCUAUUGCCGCAGGCCGGCAAGCGGAACGUGGCCGCGUUGGCCCGGGACGCCUCUCUGCCUUACGGUAAACGGUAUCUUGGCUCGUUGAUUCGCAGCAGCGGUUAUCCAGUUCGCGGUUAUGACGAGGGCAAACGUAGCGUCGCCUCGUUGGCCAGGAACGCUGACUGGCCCUUCUUAGCGAAGCGGGGUGGCACGGCUGGAGGUAAGAUGAUCGUGCUGGGGAUGCUGAAUCGCCAUGGGAGAUCACUGAACGACGAUCGUGAGGUGCACAAUGAGCCCUUGGACCUCCAGCAGCUCAUCAGGCAGAACGGCGACCAGAUUAAAGAGGAUGUCCCCCAGUGGUGGGCGAUCCCCAGCAUGUCGGAGUCCUUGGACGAGACCAAGACUAGGAACAGAUCGAACAGGAGGAUUGACGGUGCGUCGCAAACGAGGUACAAGAGACAGAUCGACUUCUCCGACGAGUAUCCGCUGUCCGUAAUGCAAAACACCAACAUGCUCGAGUACGAGGACAUGAUCGAAUCGUUCCCCGAUCAUUAUCCGGAAAAGAGGUUCAUGGGUUCCGCGCCGGAGAUGCCGGCCGACUCUGCGGGAUACCCGGAAGUUUUGCGAGCGAGUAAGAGACAUAUCGGGGCCCUCGCACGCCUCGGCUGGCUCCCGUCGUUCCGUGCACCACGAUUCUCUCGAUCGCCGCGAGAGAAUCGAUAUCUGGUCGAAAGGGAGAAUCCCGCAGAUGGGUCCUCGUCCAACUACACCCCCAACUCGUCGACUCGGUCGCUAAGGCCGAUGUUCACCCUGAAAACACGCUUGCAGUCCCUGCGCGGAGAUUGUCACCAAGGCUUCAAGAGGUUCCUGCUGUUACCGGACGCGGAUAACUUCCUGCGGACACCAAACUCCCAUAUCAUGCCCCGUUCCAUGUAAAAUCCUUGUUUCGCUACUCAUCCAGAACAACGUCGCCGUAUAUAAAUAUCGCAUCGAAAUCAUGUACUCAGCGAAUUGUAAAAGAAACGAGAUGAAAACAACACGCACGAUUAGACAAGUGUAAAUACUCGAAUUCUGAAUCUGACGUUCUUCCUUACUAACGAUUGAUCACUUCUUAUUAAUGACGGGUAUAAUAUAUGCAAGAAAACUUCUGGAUUAUUAACAAAUAAUAAUGACGACUCAUUGUCGAGAGAUAGAUUUAUUGCUUUCAAACUAUAAUCUGAAAAAUCAAAAUCGACGUGUUAAUUGAGAUUUGAAACGAGGCAGUAAUAAGAACUGUAACAGAAAUAAGGAAGCACGUCGUACCUGAUAGAGGUAAUUAAACCAAUUUAAAAAAAACUUGAUCUUAUCACAGGAUCUACCGAUCUUGACAAUAAGCUUACUGUCCACUGACAAUAAUCUUACGUAAUCCUAAUGUAAAACGCCUUGAAUGUGCCGUCUGUAUCAAACAGAGAUUUAAAUUGUUAUGCGGGAAGCGUAUGUCCAAAACGCGUUCUCCAGUUGCAGACAGAUUUCUCCUCGUUAAAGGAACUUUCCUUCAGGAUUAUAAGAUUUUUGAAAAUUCAUAUAUAUAUUCAUAUACAAAAGACUUUGUCAUUGGUAAUCGCUACGUGUGUUUCUGCAGAGGGGGACACGUUUCUCAUAGUAUUUGUAUCUUAAUAUUUCUCUUGGUAUCGAUGUGCAUAGUAAAUGUAUAUCGCGACUUUAGCGUUUCUUAUCUCCUGAAAAUAGAUGAAAAAUAUCUCUGAUCGAAGAUUAAUUGAUCUAUAUAGUCGAUCAACGCUCAACGUUCAUAAUGUCCUAGUAGUUUUGGAUUAUUAAUGCUAUUUGAUUCGAUGUUACAAAUAAAUCAAUACCCGGCUGAUUCAUUGAAACAGACUUUGCUUCCGUCACCUUUCGUCGCCUCGUUCACAACAAUAUGAGCAAACAAAGUAGGAAUAAAAGAUCGCGAAUCAAUUCGGCCAUUGCCACUUAGCUUAGCGAUAAAUCAUCGUGGAAUCGAAAUAUUUUAUCCCACGCCAAGUUGCCAAUUUAAACGGGCGCAGCCCGUUCCGCCCCGCGCACACGAGGGGCUGUAUGUCAAUUUGAUGAUUAUUACUUAGCCUGGGCUUACCGAUAAAUCAUCGCAGAAUCGAAAUAUUUUACGCGCCGACGUACCUGGCGGCUGUGGCAAGCCGUAAGAUCGUAAAAGGAGGAUUAAGAUUCGCGUACGCGUCAAUUCUCGGCGAUUAUUACCUAACGGAAACGUGAAUCACUGGUGAACGAAAUAUUCACGGUACGGUUGUUCGUAAACGACACGAUAGUGUAGAGCAUUGCACGUUUAUGAAGUACGAUGUGAUUAGAAUUUUAUCAGCUAAUGGAGAGUUGUAAUUCCUCGGACAUUUUUCAGCGUGUUACAUGUUCAGUUAAUGCUUUUGCGAUCCAUCGUGCGAUCUUGACACGUACUUUUCGAAACAAAUAUAAUUCCUUCAUGUUUAUUAUCUGUUUACAUGUUAAUUGCAACAUAUCGGGAUAAUGUUAAAAAAUAUUUAUUGAAAACUGUUAUUAGGUCUGAUUAAUUCCACAAAAUAAAAUAAUUGCACUUGAAAUAUACCUAUUAAUAUGAAAUGUAUUAAUUAUAUUUUCUGUUCUAUAUUAUUUAUUUUUAUUCUGCAAAAAUCGUUUUUAGAAAUUCUACGGUUCUACAUAUAUACAGUUUAUUAGAAAAUGUAUAAACGCCCGCACACAAUGCGUCCACUGUUACAUGCAUACAUACUUGUACAACCUUUUUAUAGUAAGUUCAAUUUAUAAUAAAUUCGGUCAAAAAUGAACGCGAUAACGUUGGGAUCGCAGAAGCGUUUAAACACUUUCAAAUAAAUGUAAAGAUGAAAAAUACUUUUAUCUGUAACAACUUUAGACGUAGGAUUAUUCCCGCCUAAUAAGUGUUACUUCGUCUUUUUCGUGAUUUUCUGAAAUUUCUCUUUGAUUGUCCGCGAAAACCUCGAUCGUUCAUAUGCACGUAAGCGGAAUCGACGAAGCCAGGAAAUAAUCUCCGUGGGCGUAGUAAUAUGUAAUGUACAAUGUAAAUGCCAAAUUAGAGCGCUCGGAGCUUUGCAGAGCCCGAUAACGUGAAUUCGGUUUCAUCCUAAUCUCUAUGUCUCAUUUGAGUAUCGUUAGAAAAACGUUGUUGUCUACUAUGUAUGUAGUAUUGCACGUAUACAGUCGAAAUAUGCUCGAUAUGUCACGGCAUCAUCGAUCCAUCAUUGCUGUGGAUGACAUAUAAAUCUAUCUUCCUUAAACUCUACGAUUUAAAGUACUACUAUGUGUUUGUCUAGACAAUAAUGAAUAACCAAAGUGACAAUAAAGCGAUAAUAAUAUUGAAGUAAUAAA